AUACGACGGUGGAAUACUAUUGUUGUUAAUAUUGAAUAUGUCUAAAUCUGCUGCUGUUGUUGUUCCUCAACUUCCUUCUACUACCACUCCUCCUCCAACUACUCCUGAUGUCGUCGACAAUUCGACAACAGAGGCUCCGCACUCCCAUAGAGUAGUUCCUAAGGUAUCUGGUGGUCCUAUAUUACCCAUAUUUGGUCGUAUUAUAAUACUAGCUAUUGUGUUGUUUUCUAGCACUUUCAUAGCUGCUACAUGGCGUACACAUGGUAUACAUUGGUUAUAUGAUAGUAGUAUGGAUGGUAGUGUUGGUGGUGUAAUACCUUUGUAUAGUUGUCCACCAUUAGAGGAUACAUUUAAUGUUAUUGGUAUUGAUGCUAUGAGUAAUACACCUACAUGUCGUGUAGAUAUAGCAUAUAAUUAUGAAUCUGCAUGGAAUCUACAGAAGGCUGGUCUUACUGUACCUUAUGGUACUAAACCACAAUAUGCAUUGGAAAGGUGUAUAUUACCACAUGAGGAUAAGGACUAUAUACAUUGUUAUACAGCUUCACCAUGUAGUUAUAGUUGUCGUACAUCUGAUACUAAUGAGGUAUGUCCUGAUCCUUCUACUAUUAAUAAGGAUGAGACUGUUAUGAUGCAGAAUGAACAAUGUGAUAUAUGGCUAGCAGGUGGUGUAUGGUCAGAUAGACUCGAUUGUUAUAAACUACAGUUGAAUCAAUAUUGUGGUUAUACGUAUGAUUAUACUCCUGGGGAUAUUAUUGCUAUUAGAGGGCUUAUCUUUGCUGAUGCUUUUAUAGUUCUAUUCUGGUUAUGUGCUGAAUUCGUAUUACGUAAAGUGGAUAAAGGUCUUAAAAGGGAACAAGCUGAAGGGUCAGCAAGAAUGGAGAUAGAGUUACCAUCAAAAAGGCAUCUAUUACGUCAACAGGUUAUGGCUAGAUGGUCUGCUGAGGCUGAGAGAAAUUAUUAUUCUCCUUUUUCAUUCAGUGGUGUGACUAGUACUACUAUUACUAGUAGUAGUAGUGAUGAUGAUGAUUCGUUGUAUAGUCAACAACAACAACAACAAGGAGAGUUGAUGAUGAACAUGGUAGAUGGUGGAUCGAUAUCGACCAAUAGUAGAGGAGGGAGUGGUAUGAUGAUGAAUAAAAAGAAGAAGAAAAAUAAGAGUCGAUAUUAUUCUCGUGAUCCUGGUAAGAGAUUCCAAAGUUCUACAUGGUUGAAGAAUGUAUCCCGAUACAAGGAACUGAGCUCAACGAAGAAGCACAGGUUCAAUUCCCGGGCCUGGACACGUACAAUAACACUUGAUGCAUUCUUCUAUAUCCUUAUCGUAUUCUCUCAAUGGUUUAUCAUAUUAUAUUCUCCUGGUCAGAAGACAGUACAUGAUACCUAUACAGAUGCAUUAGUAGCAGUAGUAGAGAUAUGGAAUGCUGCAUCAUUCCUCGAAUGGUUAAUAUUUAUCGAUGUUUUAUUGGAUUUCUGUCUAUUCUUAUGUGCUGUAUUUGUCGUUAAAUGGCCUACUAAACCAGUGUAUGCUGAGCAUGUUAAGGACUCAUUACAUCAUCUAACGGUACAUUGUCAUGAUAAUAGGGAAGAUGAUGCAUUAUUAUCACCAACCUCUUCCUCCUCUUCAGCAGUUAUUGAUGAUGAUGAUAUGUCAUCAUUAUCGAGUGUUGAUACUGGUUCGGUUAAGUUUAUAAUGGAUCAGACUAUGACUCAUGAUGUAUGCCUAAUGAUAGCAUGUCAUCAAUCCGUUAUGACAGAGGAGCGGUAUGAGACAUUUACUGCUACACUACGAUCGGCAUUACAAGUAUUCCCUCCUAGUCAUAUAUUUGUAUGUGAUAAUGGUAGGAGUUAUGCACCCUUUGAUGAUACUCAAUGGGCUGCACAACAGGUACAUCCUGAUAUUAAUUAUUUAUAUGUACCUGAGGGUAAUAAGACAUUUGCCUUUUAUUGGUGUAAUAAAUAUUGGAUACCAUUCCUUACUCGACAAGGUCGUGUAAGAGAGUUUCGGUAUGCUGUUAUUAUUGAUGAUGAUGUACCUCUACCACCAGAUCUACAUAUACCACAUCAACUAUUGGAUCAGAAUCCUCAUAUUAAGGCUGUGCAUUUCCCUAUUACUGCUACUACACCUGAUGGUUGUCCUACUAAUCAGCUUGUAGAAUGCCAAGAUAUUGAGUACAAGCUGGCUGGUCUCCAUAAACUAUUCCAAUCUACACUCAGCAGCUCAUUAAGUUGUCAUGGUGCAGUAGCCUUAUGGGAUAGGGAAACACUUGAUGAGAUAUUCUAUGAGCAUGAUACUGUAUUCAAUGGUGAGGAUAUGUAUAUGGGUCUAUCAUUAUUGAGGCGUCGAGAUAGUAGUCGUAUUUACUCUUGUGCUGCUGAUGUUGUACCAACCUAUGCACCUGAUAAUUGGGGUAUGCUAUUUAGACAACGGGUUAAGUCUUGGGAUGUGACAUCUCAUAAGAAGAGUUUUACCUAUAUAUGGGAGAUUAUUAAUCCUAGAGGUUGGUGUCAUGGGCCUAGCUGGGUAUUAAAGCCAUACUUCAUACAAGAGUUAUUAACUAUCAUCCUAGAUUGGUUGAGAGUAUUCUUAUUAGCUGGUCUAUUAGUACGUGAUUGGGUAUCAUUAAUAUUGAUGUCAGGAGUAUUCACAUUAUUACUUUACAUAAUGGUACUCUUAUUUGAAUAUAUAGUAUUAAGGGAUAGGAAGGAUCUACGCUCAUCAGCAUUGACUAUAUUCUUAUUCCCUUGGUAUAGGUUAUCAGCUUUAUUCUUUAGAAUGGGUGCUUUAUGCCAUAAUAUAUUCUCAUAUUCCAAGGAUAGGAAGGGUAUUAAGAUAGCAAUACGUGAAGAUGAGAUUAGAGAUAUACCACCAUGCCCACCAUCACCAGAUGUUGAUUGGUUUACGGUAUGGACUAAUGAUAAUAAUAAUAACAACAGCAGCAGCAGCAGCCAGCAAUGAUAAGUAACUGAGUACCAGCCUAGGUUCCGGCAUACUCUCAUCCUUAUGAUGAUUAUUAUUACGAUAAUCAUCAUCAUGUUCAUCAUUACUAUUGUUGUUAUUGUUGUUUUUCUCCUCUUUGUAUGAUAGUAUACACUUUGUACACUGUUUAACCAUCUUCAAAGUAAGUUAGUUAUCCUUCAUAAUUAUUCAUGUUCCUACUACUACUACCACUUGCUACUACUAUCAUCAUCAUCAUCCCUUAAAAUGAGCAGCAAUACCAUCAAUACUCGUGUUUCUAC